UUUUUUUUUUUUUUCUUUUUGUGUAUUUUAAUGUCAUUUGUGGAUGUCGAUGGGGCAAAGGCAAAGCAGCAAAAGCAAAGGCAGUGGUGGAUUUAAUUGAUGCGAUUGCUAUUUCGUAUUCGUAUUCGGGCGACAGUUGUUGGUUGGGAGUCGAGUGUGUUUGUGGAAAUGUUUUGUCACUGAUAGUGACAAUUUCUUCUGUUAGUAUUUUUUUUUUUGCGAUUUUCAUUUUGAAUUCACAUUCUGCGUGUGUUCCGAAUCCGAAUCGGAUUUGUUGGCUCGUUUGAGAGUUUAUUUGCAUUGCACUUGUGAUGCCAGACGGAUGUGUUUGUGUGAUUUUUGUAUACAUAUUUUUCUGCGAAUUAUAAGAAAAUUAAAAAAAAACAAGUGUAUAUGAAUUAAAAAAAAUUGAAAUAAAAUUAUAAAAAAUAAUUUCAAAUGAAGAAUUGAAAUAAAAAUUUUGAAACAAAAAAAAUUGUGAAUUGCUUAGCAUAGAAUGGAUUCUGCAAUUGACACAUUAUCGACCACAAGUGAACACAGUGUCGCGUCCUCAAUAGACUCGGUUCAAGCUAUCAAUUGUGUAUCGCCGCGUGAAUUAGAAUCAUCGUCGUCUCUUGUCUCAUUGUCGACUAGCAAUACGACAACCAACAUGAACAAUCCGAACGAUAAACGUUCGAGUCCGCAUUAUACGCUUAACAAUAAUACCGCUGCAGCAAUGAAUCAAAUGUUAAUGCAACAACAACAGACACCUCCAAAUAAUGGAAGUAGUUCGGGUCCAACAAACGGUGGACCAAUACCAAAUCGAAAUCGUGCAUCAAGUUGUUCCCCGCCAUCAAUGUCAUCACCAUCGCGGCAUCCACAGCCGCCAAGUCCAGCGGCAGCUGCAGCCGCUGCUCUAAAUCACUCGAUGAUGCAGCAAAUGCAGCAACAUCAUCAGCAGCAUAGUCCACCGCCGAAUGGUGGCGGUUUGCCGGCGGGUAUGCCGCCGCGAAUGCCUCACGGUCUGCCACCGCAUAGUCUUGGGCUACUAAACUCUUUACAAAUGAUGCAUCAUGCAUCACCGUUGGAAUUGAUGGCGGCGGCACAUCAUCAUGUACCGCCGCGGUCAUAUAAUAGUCCACCGCCCAUAUCCACCUCCGAUCCGAGUGCGAAUGAGUGUAAAUUGGUGGAAUAUCGGGGACAAAAAGUGGCCGCGUUUAUAAUAUCCGGGGAAACUAUGUUAUGUUUGCCGCAAGCAUUUGAAUUAUUUCUUAAACAUUUAGUUGGUGGUUUGCAUACGGUUUAUACGAAAUUGAAGCGAUUAGAUAUUGUACCGUUAGUUUGUAAUGUCGAACAGGUGCGGAUAUUGCGUGGUCUGGGAGCGAUACAGCCGGGCGUUAAUCGGUGUAAGCUGUUGUGCUGCAAGGAUUUUGAUGUUCUGUAUAGGGACUGCACGACGGCGAGAUGCUUAUCAAUCAAGCCACCUGAGAGACCCUGGGAUGAUAACCACAAACGCUCUAGGCCGGGUAGACCGCCGAAAAGGGGACCAGUUGGAUUGUCUUUGCCGCCAACACAUCUAUCACAACAUCCGCAAUUGAAGAAACAUCGUUUGGACAAUGGAGACUAUGCAUAUGAAAAUGGACAUAUAAAUGACAUUUCGCGAUUGGAGAAAUCACCACUUCUGGCAAAUGGAUACAAUCCACCACCCAUCAAUCACAUGGCAUUCAUGCAGAUGAACCAUCACCCUGGUUCGGCGCUGAUGAGUCCCGGAAUGCCACCGCACGGCUUGCAUGGCCGACCCGACAGUCAAAUGUUGAAGGCGGCAGCACAGAGCGGCAUGUCGGCGGCAAGUAUGGAUGCGAUUGCACGAUCUGGUAUUUGGGAGAAUUGUCGGGCUGCGUAUGAAGACAUUGUCAAGCAUUUGGAAAGAAGCAAAAUUAAUUUCAGACUCCGGGAAGAGCGUACUGACGAUCGCCAGCAGAUCAGUGAUCAGAAGCCACGGGACUUGAGUUCUAGAAAUUGUUCGCCUAGUCGGCAAAGUCCUGUGUUGAAUUUGUCGAAAUCUGGAGGCGCCACCGAUCAUGGUAGCAAUUGUGAUGAUCGCAGCGAUCGGAGCGAUGAAGUGCACUCGCCACCGCCAUCGGUACGGGGCGAUGACGAGAAUCUGAGCGAUGAUAAUGGUUCGGAAGUUGACGAUCACAUAGCCAAGGAUGACGAUCUAAGCGAUAGUGAGCGUGACAUUUCAUCGGCGCAACAUCAAGCGAUAUCGGUUACUUCGAAUUCCGGCGAUCGUGAUCUGCAUCACUCCCAUUCACAUUCGCAUUCGUCGCAUUCACAUCACCAGCCGCAUCAUCAGCAAUCGUCAACACCGCAUCAUCAUCAUCAUCAUCACCAGCGGGCGUUAAAUUAUUCGACACUGGCAGCAACAGCUGCUGCUGCCGCAGUUGCGGCAAGUGGCGCUGGUGUCGUCCCUGGUGUUGGUGGUGGCGGCGGAAGUGCUGGUGUUGGUGUUGUUAGUGGUGGCGUCAGUAGCGGUGCGGGCAGUGCAACUGGCAGUACGACAAGCAUGGGCAAUGGUGGAAACGGUGUUGGCGGUGGAGUCGGUGGAGCUGUCGGUAGCGGCGGCAUUACACACAAUGAUGGACUGCCUCCGAACGAUUCGAUUGCUGGACUUGAGCAACAGUCGACAUCUUCUACAGAGACUCUGUUGCGGAAUAUACAGAGUCUGUUGAAGGUGGCCGCCGACAAUGCCCGACAGCAAGAACGACAAAUCAGUUAUGAGAAAGCUGAACUUAAAAUGGAUGUGAUGCGCGAACGAGAAGUCAAAGACUCUUUAGAAAGGCAAUUAGUCGAUGAGCGAAAAUUGAGAGUUUUAUAUCAAAAACGCUACCGACGUGAAAGAAAAAUGCGUAUACGCUAUCAACAGCAACUUGAUGGCAAACGAAAAGGACAAUCUGUGCAUGUGGACGAUCGUGAGGCAGCUAAGGGGCUAUUAGAUUCAAAUAAAAAUGGUCAAGAUAUCGACUGUAAAUCAAGUGAAAAGUCUGAUAAAUCAUCCACAAACGAUCGUCAUCGUCGUUCGGAGAGUCCUACAUUCAAACGUGAGCCAGUCGAACGUGAAACUCGUAGCAGUGCUGAACGAUUGGAUCGUGAACGCGAACGAGAACGUGAAAGAGAGCGUGAACGCGAACGUGAACGUGACCGUGAACAUGAUCGCAGUAGUGAACGUGAAGGUUCAGUAAAUCAUGUAUCACCUUUAUUGCCUCCAACAUCGCAGGCUGAUAGCGGACUGAUUGCACCAGGAAGUGGUAAAGCUCCAUGGAAUUAUCCAGGCAUUGAUUUGAUGGCUACUGGUGCAUUCUGGCAGAAUUAUUCUGAAACUCUCGCUCAAGAAAUCGAAAUGGAGCGUAAAUCCCGAGUUGCAAACUCCGAUCGCGAUGUAAAAAGCCCUCUGCAGGAGCGUCAGCAAUCCUAUUACAAAAAUUCUGUUCUCUUCGGUAGUGCUACUUAAUCCUGUUUGUAAGUCGUAAUUAAAAUGACCGAAAACAUCAUGAAAAAAAAAAACUGCUACCAUUGAUCUCAAGUGCAAUCCCCGAUAAAGGCCUUUGGCCCGGUGCCUAAAUAAAAGCUGCUUGGCUUGAUUUCUCUAUUAAAGAAAAAAGUAAUCGUUUCACGCUUGCAACAUCUGCCCCCCUUCUAUAUCGUCAUAAGCUGUAUCUAUAUUAUUAUAUUCUAGGAAUUAAGGGUACCUAUUACCUAUUAUACACACAUUAAAACACACGCGCGUCUUUCUCCAGUAUUUUGUAGUAUACGAGUUAUUGUAGGAAAAAAAAUAAAUAAACACAGAGAAAACACACACAAACCACAUUUACUUAAACAAAAAAUGUGCUUCAUAUAAAAAUGUUGCAGAAAAAAAAAUUAAUAAAAAUUAUCUCGUUUCUAAAAAAAAUACAUAAAUUCACACAAAAUUUAUUUUCAAAUGUAAAUAGUCACAGAAUUAAAAGUAAUAAAUAUUAAAUAUUUAUUUAAAUU